AUGACUGAGGCACCAAUGCACCCUGCUCCCGAGCCCGUCUCCAAGGACGUGACCGCCAAGGACAUCGCCAAUCUCUACUCGCGUAUCCACAACCUGAUCGAGACCGUCAAGGAACCCCAGCAAAAGGCCACUGCAGCCCUCGCCACCCCUGCCCCCAUCGAUCCCACUACCACUGCUGGUGCUGCUGCCGCUUCCAACGGUUCAGCAGAAGAAACAGCCACCACUUCACAGCGCGUUGCAAAGGACACGGAUGAGACAGUCUUGAUUGAUGGAGAGUGUCCCUGCCACGCAGUCUGUGCCGACCUCACCACCCGUGCCUGCAACAUCUGCGACCGCAUCAUCCCCUCCCUCGCCGAGGCACACAACGAACGCUCAGUUCUCUUGGAGGAACUGGAGCAAACCAACGUGCGUCUUGAAGAGGAACAGAAGCGCGCAUCGGCAGAAUCCAUCGAGGCAGAGGUCUUGCGCAAGAAGGUUGAUGAUCUCGAGGACGCACUGGAUGCAAAGACCGACGACUAUCUGAGCGCCCAGCGGGAUCUCGCCAUCCUGAACGACAAGUACGUGGACGAGAUCGAGAAGGUCGCCGAGUUGCAGCAUGCCAAGGAGAUGGUUGAGGGUGAGUUGGAGGAGCUCAGCCGCACAUUGUUCGAAGAGGCCAACGGCAUGGUUGCUUCCGAGGCCAGAGCCCGUCACCAGCUGGAACUCACUCGUAAACACCUCGAGCUCGAACUCAAGGAUGCCCAGGAACGCCUCGCUGCAGAGACCUCGCAGCUCAAGGAGCUCAAGACCAAGAUGGAGGCCAUCAUCGAUACUCAGCCCCAGAGUAAGCGCUCCUCCACCGACACUGCCAGCCGCGGCGCCGGCGUGGAUCUCCAGCAGCUCUUUGGAUUGAACAAAUUAUCUGUGCCAGAGCCCAUUGCAGAGGAGCCCGCGACUGCUAUUGCCAUUGACGGACAGCUGAUGCAUGAGUUCAAGGAGUUUGUCGCCCAGAGUUCGACCGUCCGUCUCGCCAAGAUCCACAGCUUGCCCUUUAUGCGCCAUUGCCAGGACGAGGAUGUUGAGCCCUGCUUGCGUUUCGGAUCCAACCCUAAGAUCUCGGCAAGAAAGUUGACCGAAGGCAUCUGCACCAACACCUGCUACAUCGAGGAGGCUACUGCUGAACAGGUCAAGGAGUACGAGCGCAUGGUCUUGGCUGCCCAGCAGCCCCCUUCGCCCGCCCGCAACUCUAUGACCAACAAGAACAUGCUCUGGGAGAGGCUUCAGACCCAGUACGCACUUUACCAGGCCCCCAAGGGCGGAUGCCAGACCUGCGGUCGUUCCGGCCCUCUUACCCAUCGAUACCGCCUUGCCACCUCGGACGAGUGGAACUUUAUCGACCGCUUCUGUCGCGACCGUAUCGUUGCUGCCUGCGAGUUUUACAUUUACAUCCGCAACAUUCGCGCUGGACUCUACUCGACCCGCACGAUCGAGGAUCUCUACUCGGAGAGUUUGCGCCUUCGUCUCCAGAUGUUCUAUGCCCGCGCCGGUGUUUUGCCCAUCAUGUUGUCGGAGCUCGGUGUUUCCUCGCAGUCGAUCGGAAACAUGGGACCUUCUGGGGAGUGGCCUGAAGGAGUCCAUGGCGCUCAUGUCGACACUACUUUGGAUGAGGAAGAGUCAGUCUCAUCCAAGACUUCGCUCGAGAGGAAAGAGUCGGUCUCUGUGGAAGUCGAGGAGACCACGGCGGCUGUCGAGGAGACCACGGUGGCUGUCGAGGAGACAAAGACGACAAUUGAGACCGCCACUGCUUCAUCGACCCAGGAGACCACUGUCACCUCUAUCACAGGAUCAACCGUUGCUGUCGCACCCGAGGCUGCCAACCCCUGGACUGCCGAGGAGAAGGCCACUGCUGCUGCCGCCCAGUAA